CUCUCUCUCUCUCUCUCUCUCUAAAAGAAAAGAACUUCUUACAAGCUUGCUACAUGCACAUCACAUAUGUUUUCUAUGUAUACCCUCUUGAAUCAUCGACUCAAAACCCAUUUUCUUACUUUCUUCCUACAAAAUACUGCAAUACUAAACUUGAUCUUUCCCAAUUCCAGCAUCUUCUCUCUCAAUUUCUAUCUCCUCUCAUUUACUCUCUCUUUUGCCUUCAAAUCAGUACAGUGCCAACCAGAUCAUCCAUAGUACACCAGUAUCUUCUUCUGCUCAUCGAUAUCUCUCCCCUCGUUCGUUUUCUGUCUCUUGUUUCGUCCAAUUCCAGCACAUGCACAUGCACCUGCAGAUGCAGUACUUGCAUGCGCAGAUCAUGGGUCUCAGACCGGAGAACACAGCAGCCAUAGUGAAUCCCCUUAACAUGUUCACCCCCUCUAAGACUGAGCAGAUCAUGUCAAGGUACAGGCCCAUUGCGCCAAAGCCACAGUUCCAGCAAAGCCCCAGCCCUAAUUUUGAUUGCACAGCACCACUUUCUGAGAAUCCACUCACUGCCGCUCUCUCUACAACCUUACCAGCUUCCCAUCCCAAAACCAGGCCUGCAAGGGUUAGAAAGAGGAGAAAUGGCGCUCAAGCAUGUGGUGCUAGAAAGAAGGCAAAGACCAAUAUGUGGUUCUUCAAUACACCACUCCCUGAACCCAUUUCUCCAUUUUCCCAUCAGAACAUUCUCCUCGGUCUUCCUUUCCAAGGUCUCACCCGAGGUUUCCCUCUCUACACCUUUCCGGCCACUGUUUCUCAAGGAGACUUGGAGAAUUCAAGCAGAGUUUCUACAGAUUUAGUCACACUACCAUUGUUGCCCUUUCCUUCCACUUCUGUUGUCUCUCAAUCAAUCCCAGAGGAAGCCAUGAAUUAUGACCAAAGAAUGCCAGAAGGAAAGCUGGUUAUGGAGAAACUUCAGGCACCCAUAACAUGCAAGCUUCCAACUACAAGUUCAGUUCCUUUUUCAGGGGUUAUAACUCCCCAGCCUGUGAGACCAGUGGGUUCUAGCAUUAGCGUGGAGUGCAUCAGUGACUGUAACCAUUUCAGCUCCUCUCUCUCCAUGUCUAAAAAAUCAGUGGAGGUUGAAGAAGAACUCGAAUUGGAAGCUUUGCCUGGGGUUAUUUCCGAUGCAAAUAACAAGGUGAGAUUGGCGAACUCGGCAUACAAGAAGAUGGUGGGUCAACCAGAGUGUUCAUGGCUCGAAUCAACACUUUCUAGUCAGAGAAAAAAACCAGAAGAGCCCACAAGAAUCAAUGGUGAAGUCAUGCUCAUUUUAGAAGAUUCUCUGGUUCCAAUUUCUUCUAAUGCUUUUACAUGCAGGGUAAAGAUCGAGUGGGCGAACAAAGGCCAGAGGACCUUAGUGAAGGCCCCUGGUAGAGUCAUAAGACUUUCCUGUGAUUCCAAGGAUUAUGUGUUUGCAUGGAGAUUUCUCACCGGCGAUGCUGCUUGUGAUAGCAAAUAUGUAAAGCCUCGUACUAUCUCUGUGUAAAUAAUUACAAGAACUCGUGAUGGUAACAAAGAGAAAACCUCAGUUUAUCUUAAGAAAGUGACAAAAUCUUUGCAUGGAGAAGCUUCGAUACGGAGACACCAAUGGAAAAUAUGAUCGAAGGAGAACCAGCAACUCAUGGGUAUAAUUUCAUGUCAAAGAACCAAUCAAAUAUGCAAAUUCUCAGAUUACAUCCACAUGCAAAGAUAAGAAAGCCCACUGGAGGUAACUAAAAAUAUUUUCCUAGUUUGAGAAGUCUUUUGUUUUUU